AUGUGGCACUACUCUGUUGUAAAAGCCACAGAGGGAGGAGCAGAGGUUUUUUGGGAGGAGCUCAUUUCCUGCUGCUCUAAAAAAAAAAAACCAAAUCCCUUCACCUUCUGUGUUCAGAGAGCGGUAGAGAGAGAGCUUCAGAUCCAGAGAGGAGCAGAGAUGAGCCCAUCGUCCAGGAAAAUCCACAUGAUCUGCGCCUUUUUGGCUUUCAACGUCGUCGGAUGCGUUUUUAUUGGACUCUCUUGGACUUUGAAGGAAGCCCGUCCAAAAAUCUGCAUCCCAAAAACCCCAUUUUGGCGGAAAAUCCCUCUGAGCGACUCCUUUUGGAACCGGGAGCAACAGCGGUUCGAUUUCAUCCACAAUCCUAACUUUAACACGACUCCGACGGAGCUUUCUGAUUGGGCAAAUGACACCGUGCCGUUCUCCAAUUCGUGUGAGCCAGAUACGAGGGUCCAACGGCAAAUUUCGGACUACAAUUUACUCCCAAAACUGUUCCAAGACUUUCUACUUUACUCCCGGUGUCGGUCCUACCCCAUGUUAAGCAACCAGCCCAGAAUCUGUGAAGAUGCGCCGUUUCUUCUGCUGGUGGUCAAGACCUUGUUGCCGCACUUUGAAAGGAGGCAGGCCAUAAGGGAAUCUUGGGGGAAAGCUGGAGUCAUCGGCAAUAAGACUGUGGUGACGGUGUUUCUGUUGGGGAGAGCCAUGCGAGCAGAUAACCACCCGAACCUGAAGGAACUGUUGACAUAUGAAACAGAGAUGCAUGGAGAUAUCUUGCAGUGGGAUUACAGAGACAGCUUCUUGAACCUGACCCUCAAAGAAGUCCUGUUCCUGGAUUGGUUCGAGUCCUUCUGUCCUGAGGCUCAGUUCGUGCUCAAAGGCGACGAUGAUGUUUUCGUCAACACUCCUCUGAUCCUGGACCUCCUGGAAAACCUCCCGGAGCGAAAGGUCUCGGACUUCUUCAUCGGCGACGUCAUCACCAACGCCGGACCCCACCGCAACAAGAAACUCAAGUACUUUGUCCCCGAGAGCUACUUUGUGGGGCCCUACCCGCCGUACGCUGGAGGAGGAGGGUUCUUAUACUCGGGACAAGUGGCUUUGAAGCUGAACGAGGCUUCCAAGAGGGUGGUGGUCUAUCCCAUCGACGACGUUUACACCGGGAUGUGUUUGCAAAAGCUGGGCCUGGAGCCGCAGAUGCAUUCAGCGUUCCGGACGUUUGAUAUUCCAGAAAAAUACAAAGACAACCCGUGUAUCUACAGGACUCUCAUGGUGGUGCACGGUCGAACGCCGCAGGAGGUCAAGCACAUCUGGAGAUGGAUUGUUCAGCCGGAAUUGCACUGCUCCUGA